AUGGGAAAGGACGACGCAUUUAGAUCUCCCUGGGUGUGGGGUCCAGUGCUGUUGGGGGUUGUGGGCGUGCCGGUGGUGGCGUUUGCGGCAGCGGGCGUGAGGGUGGCUGGCCACGGCCCAGAGCUGAAGCUUCCGUUCCCGUCGGCGGUCGCCUCUCUGUGCUUGCCUUCCGCGCUGAGCGGAGCAUGCACCUAUCCGGCGGCAGCGUACGCCUUUGUUGGCAUGCUUUUGUUCUACAUUGGCUUCUCCACUGUCUUGCAGCUUGCGUUCUACACCGCUGCCGCCAAGCAAGAGACCCGCGAGGCCCGGGCAGCGGCAGCGUCGGCCUGGCGCACCGCUGGCGCGGCCGACGCCUCGUCGUUCAUUGUCGACACGCCGGAAGACUGCAUGGUCUGGUGGCUGCCGGCUCGCGCUGCCGCCUUUGCUUCCAAGCGGCGCAUCGCUCAGCAUCCAGUCUUUGCCUCGGUCAAUCUGCUCACGUCGGCCCUCGCCGCCGCCGGCCUAGUCCACAUCGUCGUCGCCGGCGCCUCGUACAUGGUGUGGCCAUGGGACUCGGCGCGGAGCCAGGCGUACGGUCUGGCUGUCGGCACGACAGCGGCGGUGCUUUCGGAGCAGCUUGCGCAGUACCUUUGGCAUCGGGUCAUGCACAUUCCCUGGUUCUACGCCACCUUUCACAAGUUCCACCACAAGGCCCGCAACCCUUCGGCGUUUGAUGACCUCCUUAUCCACCCGCUCGAGGCCAUCGGCUUCUACCUGAUCCUUUUCGCGCCGCCGGUCCUCUUCUCCAUCCACAUCUUUGGCUUCCUUGCCUACUUUGCCAUGCACGGCGUCUCAGGCGUCCUCGACCACUCGGGCAUCACCGUUCGCCUUGGCUCGUGGUACUCGACGGUUGACCACGAUUUGCAUCACAAGCUUGUCACUGCAAACUACGCCACCCCGCUCAUGUACUGGGACCGCAUCUUUGGCACCUACGUUGGCGAGCACCAUCCCGCCGGCCGGGCACACAUUGCCCGGGCUCUCACGCCAGCGGCGGCGGCGAGCCGCAACUUGGCCUCGACGCCAUCGUCAUCGCCCCGCACCUCCCUCCCGCGCUCCGCGACGGCGCUCGCCGGCGCGUUUGCGUCGCGCGACAUGCUCGUCCUCGACAAGGUCCUCACGGCGCUCAGAGUCAACGCUUACUCGGCACGCGCCGAGCGGGUGGCGCUCAACUCCAAGUACCAGCAGCAGAAGGGCUCGACGGAGCCCGAGUUUGCCGAGAAGAAGCUCCACCGCGAGCUCGCACGCGUCUCGCUGGCCAGCUGCCUGGUCGUUGUCGCCGGCGAUUACGAGCCCAAGCCCAGCGACCGCCUCAAGGGCCAGGGGAGGGUGUCGAUUGCCGACAUCGUCGCCUCGUUCAUCGCCAAGGGCGACCCCAAGCUCUCAACCAAGCUCCCCGAGUGGCAGCGCCGGCCGGUGAGCUGGAAGUCAAGCAUCAUCGAGCUUGCCCAGGCGCGCGCUGCCUUACAACGCCCCCCGGUCCCCUACUAA